AUGAACGAUGAGGAGGAACGGAUCUACAUGUAUUCUGAUAUUUUCUCGCAUGGUCUGAGUGGAGAAGAAAACAGUGAUGAUGCAGUCGAAAGGGAAAAGAGGAAGACCAAAAAAAAAAAAAAAAAUUUAAACGAUAAUAACCUAAAGAAUGGAGAAAAUGAAUACAGUAAACUGAGGGCAGAAAACUCAACCAUUUUAAAUGACUACUUCGAUGUAGAACCCAUAAAAGAUUUUACCCCUCAGGUGGUUAAUGCGUCCUUGCACAGUGACUUUUUACAAUUCCCACAGAAUAAGGAACACACGUUGAAUAUCUUCGAUGGGGAACUCACCGUGAAUAAACACUCUGUGCAGUUGCGCAAGUCUGGGUUCUACUGCAUCUACGUGGAGAAUAGCAACAAUAGCAAAUGGGAUAGCAUCUACUUUGGGCUGUCCAAGAUGCAAGUGGAAGUGAACUACAAACUGAUCCCGCAGAAUGAGGAGGAGGCAACCCAGGGGAAGACUCAGCUAAGGAAUAAACAGGCCACUACUCGGGAGAAACCCCAACGGAGGAAAAGCCCAUCGGUGAACCCAAAGGAGGAAGAAGAAGAAUUAGACGAAGGAGGAGACGAAGCAGAAGAAGAGGGAGAGGGUGAGGAAAGUGACGAAGUGGGCGACGUGGAGGAUGAGAAGAGAGAACCCACGAUAAUAGAAAAUGAAAACCUGAAUGAUGAAAUCAGCAAAAUCUGUAACUACAAUUUUGACCAGACAGAUAUUUUGUAUGAAGAAUCCAAAGAAAGGAAGAACAAAAAACAUAUUAGCAAAAUGAAGGGUAGAAAAAAAAACUACUACGAUAACUUAAGGGUGAAGCAUAAAAAAAAGGAAUCUGUUUCGUUAGAAGAGAAUAAAACCAACACGGAAAACAUUUCGUGCACUUUUCACAAUGAAAAUCAAAUAAGGGUAUCUUCGAAAAAGAAGAAAUACGUCUAUCUAUACAAUUGCAGUGCUAACAGUAUGCUGCACUUGAAUGUUAGCACUUGCAUGUCCCUUGGCAUGACUAUAGAGUGCCGCUACGGGUUGCUUUACUGUGGCAAGUACAACCAGAUCCCGCAGGAUCCUUACACGCCGUUUAGAAAACCCGUUUCCAUCCUGUCUCUGGACGGAGGAGGCAUCCUGGCCAUGUCAACGCUAAUCGUGCUGAACAGAAUCGAAAAUGAAAUCCGGAAGGAGAUCGGCAACGACGACGUGAAAUUGAUCGACUGCUUCGACAUGAUCUGUGGAACAAGUGCAGGUGGAUUGAUCUCCCUGGCUCUGUUAAAAGAGAUGGGGCUUCGAGACGUCACCAACCUGUUGCCAAGUACCAUGCAAAAAAUAUUCGAAGGAAACAGGAACCUAAUUUCGGGAAUCCUAUUCGAAGGGUACGAUAUAAAUAACGUGAAAGAUUUAUUUAUGGAAAAAUUGGGAAGCAUGUUUAUGUCUUCUUACAAAAAAGUGUAUUGCUUCGUGACGGCAACGGAUGUGAAACACAACCCGUAUAAGUUGUUCCUCCUGAGGAAUUAUUCUCAUAAGUACAAUGCAAUAAAUGGGGAAUCCUACGAAGGGAUCAAUAAGGUUCCAUUAUGGCUAGCUGCCUGGGCAACUGCAUCUGCCCCAACGUAUUUGAAAGGACCCAGUUCUGAGGAUAUUAAAGAUCUGGGCUUCCACAUAAAACCGGAGAUACAUCUUGUAGAUGGAGCGUUGAAGGCAAGUAAUCCCGCUCUUAUCGCAUUGGAAGAAUGUGCCAGACUGAACAACAAAAAUCUCUCUGCCUUUAUUAAGGAGGAGCUAGAUACGAUAGUUUCCAUAGGGACAGGAAAAUCUCCUACCAAAUUGACACAGUCAGUGGCUAGCGGAAAAUCUGCCUCGACAUUUGAAAUAAUACUUAAUUCAGGUCACCUUCUAACUAGAGCAAAUGAAACACAUCGAGAAGUUCUGCAGUGGCUUUCCGACAGGGAGAAUACCUACUUCCGUUUUAACGUUCCCAAUAUUGGGGAUAUAGACAUCGACAGCCAGGACGUGCGUGACUUUGAUUUAAUAGCAAAGGCCACACGCGACUACCUCUUCGAUGAAAAAUUCUACGAGAUAAAACGACUGGCGCAUAAGCUGGCCAACAACUAUAUGCGUUCCAGGUAUUUAUAG